AUGACAGACAACAAGAAAACCGGCACCAAUAGCAGCCAACAAGAAGGCGGCGUCCUGGGCAGCGUCGUGGGGGGCGUCAACAGCGUGCUCACCGGCGAGGACGGGCAGGGCGGGCUGCUCGGGGGCCUCAGCAGCGCGACGGGCAAGACGACGGAGGGCGUGGGCAAGAGCCUGAACAAGACUACGGAGGGCGUGGGCGACACGGCGGGCUCGGCGACGGAGGGCGUGGGCAAUGUGGGGAAGGGCGCGACGGAUACGCUGGAGGGGACGGUUAGGGGGUUGGCUGGGGGGGAGAAGAAGAAGUGA